AAGCGUCACGUUAUCGGCCAGGAUGUCCUGGAGCCAACCUGCUGGUGUGUACAUUCCAUAUUACAGGUGAUACGACAACGGGCAGGACGACUAGAAACUCCAGUGAUGGAAUCUCUCCAGAACAAAGUGACUAUCAUCACAGGUGGAGGAGCGGGAAUAGGAAGAGAAACGGCGCUUCUUUUUGCUAAAUAUGGAGCUAAGCUAGUACUAGCCGACCUCAAUAUAAGUGGUGCUGAAGCUGUAGCAGUGGAAUGCAAAAAGGCAGGGCUAUCAGAAGAUGAUGUUCUUGCUGUCGAAGCAAACAUCACAAAUGAAGACGACAGAAAGAAAGUCAUCGAUGAAUGCAUUUCAAAGUUUGGCAGACUGGAUGUGUUGAUAAAUAAUGCUGGGAUAGGAAGAUUUGCACCACUGUCACAAACACCAUCGGACAUGUAUGAUUCUUUGAUGGAUCUGAACGUGAAGGCACAGCUCUAUAUAACACAACUAGCUGUUCCGCAUCUUAAGGCAUCUAAAGGUAACAUUGUUAAUCUUGCAAGCAUUGUAGCAGAGGAAGCGAUGCCGUAUACUGGCGUUUACGGAAUGACUAAAGCAGCUGUGGCAAUGUUUACAAAAACCCUGGCACUGGAAAUGGCCCAGUUUGGAGUACGUGUGAAUGAAGUAAGACCUGGCGUUGUGUUCACGAAUUUCUAUGAUGGCAUGACUGGCGGAAAUACUGAGAUCUUGCAGAAAACGAUGAUGGGAGAAAAUAGCAAACACCCAAUGGGACGGCUUCCAAAAACCGAGGAGAUAGCCAAUGCAAUUGCUUUUCUGGCGUCGGACAUGGCGUCCUUCACAACCGGAAACGCCCUUUAUGUCGACGGCGGACGUCACUGUGUUGGAGCUGGAUUUGCUUCACGGCCAAUGACCGCAUGAAGCAUAAUUGUUAUAUGUAGCAUAAUGCAAAGGGCUGUUAUGAUACACAUAUUUAGAUUUAACAUAAUAUAAUGCACAUCGUCUUUAUAUCAGAUGGUUGUUAACUUAAUUCGCAGGCCUCAGCCAAAAAUAUAAGCAAAAAUAGAAUUGAAAUUAUUUGUUGUAUUUGUGUGAACACAUGGGUAUGCAUCAGAUCGGAGUACUGAUAUCGAGAGCCUAUCUCAGCUUUCCGUGACAUUUUGGUAAAUACUUUGUAUUGAUAUCAACACUCUCUGCCAGGAUUCCGUUAAAGUAAGGAAAACUGACAAAGACUACCUGUCUCGGCAUUCCUUGACGGUAUUGUAUGCUGAUAUCAACAACUUUCCCCGGGAUUCCGUGAACGUCUUGUAUACUGAUAUCAAAACAUGUCUCGUCUCGGGAUUCCGUUAGUCAGCUAUACAGUUAUAUGUAUCAGCAACCUGUCUCGGGAUUCCGGGGAUCCGUUACAGUCAGGUAUACUGCCAAUGUCUUUGCAUUUCGAAUUUGCUGCCACAUGAUAUAACAACUACAGUGGAUGUAUAUCAAAUAGUGUUUCGUGUUGGUUUAAAAACAGAAAUAAACACGUUGAAUAUUU